AAGCGCCCGCGAGAUUACAACCCUGGCCUCUCCUAAUACUAAGUGAAGAACAGUUCAAUGUAUCGACUUUAUUUUAUUUUGAAAAUUGACCGGAUAUUUUACUUUGUAACCACAUACAACUUCAGCUUUGAUCCGCUUUGAAUUGAUGUGCCGUGCUUCGGCGUCCGGCAAAAAUAGAAGCCUUGCGGAGCCGGAUGGCGGACCGAUUCUGUGGAAUCACACACAUUGAUUAUAAUGCUUGCGUAUUUGAUCCGCCUGCUGGCCAGAGUGGAACAGAGCCAUUCCGGAUCUUGGGGGUUUUAGCCGUAAUGCUGCGUUCGAGUUACCUCGGAAGUCAGAUGUCGGAGCUGAAAAUGACGUCGCACCCGAGUUCCCAACAUUUCAGUUACAAAGUCGGAAAAAAGCAAAAUCGGAGGCCUGAGACAAAAUGGCGACAUCUACGAAAGUUACUUUAGUGCUUGCCUUGUCUGAAUAUAAGGCAAGCGCUAAAAUAACUUUCGUAGAUGUAGCUGUUUUGUCUCAGGCCUCCGAUUUUGCUUUUUUCCGACUUGGUAACUGAAUUGUUGGGAACUUGGGCGUGACGUUAUUUUCACUUCCGUGGUAACUCAAAUGACGCAUUACGGCCUGUUUUUAAUUUAUUGAUUAUUAAUUCUGUCUAUCAGGAUCCAUCAGACCACAGCACAGUUCCCCCCUCAGACCUCCUUAAAUGGUCUCAGGUCCAGAAAAGUCUCUGGUGGUUCUGGUUCUAUCUGGUCUCCUCUCAUUAGUAGAUGCAGUGAUGGACUGAGUGAUUCUGAGUCCAUGCGGUGAUUUCCACUCCAGAGUCUGUUCUGGUUUUAAGUUCCUGAAGAUCAGAACCAUCCAGUCCUGGUUUUUUAUAACAUUACAACUUUUUACUUGUUUGGUUUUUACUCUAUCAGAACUUUUUUAAAUCAAGAUCAAGAUUUUUCAAAAAACAAUGAAAUGUUUCACUUUUAAUAUUUAAAUGUUUUUAUUUUUGCACCAUUUUCAGCUGAAUAAAUGAUUUACCAUCAUUAAAACACUUAACUCUGUUUUCAAAACUUUUUAAUCAGGGUUAUAAAAUAGUCCAUCAUGACAAACUUACGGCGGCUAAGAACUGCCACUGCUGCAAAUAAAAAAAGAGUGCAAAAACAGAAGCCACAACAAAGGUUACUGAUGCAAAAAAAAAAGUUACUGCAAGAAAAAAAAAGGAUGGAAAUAAAAAAAAACAAUGUGUGCUGCAGGGGACCAAUGAGAAGAUGAUCAAAGACGUAAGUGGAAAGGUUAUUUUUUAAUUUCACUAAGUAACUUUAUUUUCCAUCGCCACUUUUUUUGCACCAUUCACUUACAUUGCAGCUUUUUUAUUUGUAUCCUUUUAGUUUUGCAGUAAAAACCUUUUUUUUUUUUUGCAUCGUUACCGGCACUGUUUCUUUUUUCUUUUUGCAUCGGUAACUUCCAUUGUGACACUUAUUUUGCAUUCUUUAAUCUUUGCGGUAAGUAGCUUUUUUUUUUUCCAUCGCCACCUUUUUUUUGCGUCAUUAACUUCCAUUGUGGGUUUUUUUUUAAUUGAACCGUUUCUUUUUUUUGCAUUGGUAGCUUUUUUUUUUUCCUUUUAUUUUCACAGAGAGUAACUUCUUUCUUUUUCCCAUUGCCACUUCUUUUUUGCAUUGUUAAUCUGUUAUGGCUUUUUUUAUCAGCACUGUUUUUUUGUUGUUGUUGUUUUGUUUUGUCUUUUUUGCAGCCGGCUUUGGUUUCUUCUUUUUAUUUUAUUUAUUUACAUCAGUAACUUUAGUUGUGACUAUUUUUUUUUUUUUUUUUUUUUGCUUUAUUUUUUAAAUUUAUUUAUUUAUUUUUUGCAGCAGUGGCGGUUCUGGGCCACCGUACAAACUGGCUGUAACCACUCGAAAUAACGUGAUAAAUCAUUUGGUGGAAUAAAUUAAUGUAGGUCCACUCUGGGCCUCAAAUCAUAGAUGCCGUGAUGCAGUGUUUCCUCCCGGACAUUAUUCUUAGUUGCACCCAUCUUUUGACUGUCAAUGCGAACCUGCGUUAUAAAUAUCGUGUAAUAAUCGCAUCUUUACGUGACAUCCGAACAUGUAUUACUGGAUGAGGAGAAGCAGCGGCGGUUCGGAGACUCUGGACGGGCCCGGAAACAUGUCUAAAGCGGAGAUACUAAGAGGAAUCAUCACCGAGAAACUGUGCACGGCCGCGCAGGAGAUCUUAGCCGUGGUGGAGAGAACCGUGUCCGGGUACGAGGAGGAGGCGGCGGGGCUGAGGCAGGAGAUAGACCGGCAGAGGAGCCAGCUGGAGGCGGUCCUGCAGCCCCGGGUCUCUCUGGAGAAACAAGGUUCGAGUCCGGACGAGUUUAGAGGGAGAGCUAACCUGGUGUAGUUCCGUUCAGUAACAGAACCUCAUUGGAAAAUUAGCUGAUUUAACUUUACUGUGCUCUUUUUCAGAUAUACUAACUUGACAGCACAUUAAUCCAUACCUGUUAACAAAAUCAUGAUUUUAUUGAUAAUUCGGCUCAAUAAAAACACCUUUACCUUUUCAUUUUACUACAGUAGAAGUUUAUUGGCCCAGCUUAUAGACUACAGAAGUGGAGAAACGCCCCCGCUUAAGUUUAUGUUUUCUUAGGAGUUAGAACAAGGUGUCACUGAAUAUCAAACAGAUAUUCACAGACAAGAAUAUCGUUUUUAUUAAUACCAUCUUCAGUCUUAUAUAUUUAAACAUGCAGGUAUUCCAGGCAGAGAUAGGGAAGUGAAACAGAACUCAUGUAAAUGUACAGAUACGGUGGUCGAGAACCGCCACUGCAGCAAAUAGAGAAAGAAUGCAAGAAAAGGGAAGUUACAACAGCAGUCACUGAACCUAAGCCCGCUGCAAAUAAAGAAAGAAAUGGUGCAGACAAAAAAAAAAGCCACAACGGAAGUUAACAAAGCAAAAAAAAAGGUGGCGAUGCAGAAAAAAAGUUACUUACUGCGAAAAUGAAAGGAUGCAAAAAAAACAAAGCCACAGCGGAAGUGAGCUGACAGGGACCAAAAAUGACAAUGCCUAGAUCAAAAAACUCUGGUGCAUCAUCUUUAUUGGUCCCCGUUGUGUUUUUUUUUUUUUAAUUCUUUUUUUCCAUUGCCACUUUUACAUCGGUAGCUUCUGUUGUGGCUUUUUUUAAAUAAUUUUUUUAUCUGCACCAUUUAUUUAUUUAUUUAUUUAAUCUGUUGCUUCUGGUUUUUUUUUUUCUUUUCUUUUUUUAAUCUGCAUGUUUUUUUGUUGUUGUUUGUGUUUUUUGCAUUGGUAACUUCUGUUAUGCUUUUUUUUUCAUCUAAUUUUUUCUUUUGGCAUUGAUAACUUCCUUUGUUUUUUUUGUGUUUUUUUUAACUUUAAUCUACACUUUUUGCAAAUUUUUUUGCAUUGGUAACUUCCGUUUUGAUUGUUUUUAAUUUUCUCUGCACCAUUUCCUUUUUCUUUGCAUCAAUAACUUUCUUUUUGUGUUUUUUUUUUUAAUCUGCACUUUUCUUUUUGCAUCGGUAACUUCUGUUUUUUUUUUUUUUUUUUUUAAUCUGCAUUGUGUUUUUUUUUUUUUUUUUGGCUUCGGUAACUUUCCGUUGUUGCCUUUUUUUUUUUUUUUGCAUUCUUUUUUAUUUGCAGCAGUGGCAGUUCUUGGCCACCGUAACAGAUACUUAUAACUAACAAAAAAUGUUAAUUUUUUUAUAAACAAUUUUCAGUCUUUUGUCUGCAAACAUGCAGGUAUUAGAGUCAGAGAAUAAAAGUGAAACAGAACUCUUUUUUAACGUACAGAGAUAUAAAAAAACAGUAAUUUAAAGUUGAUUUUCUGUAUCUUUUUCUGCUCGUGUUAAACCUCUUCAUGGUUGUAAAAGUUCAUUAAAACAUGAAUUUAUAUUAAAGAUAUCUGUCCGACGUUCUUUGAUUUUACCUGAAAAAUAUGAAGCUCUGAUCCAAGAUGAAGAAGAAGAUCAUGAGGUGGUCGUUCUGAGUGACGGCGUGGAGGAGGAGCCGACACAGCAGACGGGUAAAUAUCAAACCUUUAUACUCAUCGAUUUAAUGAAGGAGGUAAAAUCUGCAUAUUUUUGAACUACGUUUGGUUGAGGACUCCAUGGCUUCUCCUCUAUGCAGAUGACAUGAGGGUUUAAAUUUUUCGGCGUUUCAGCCUGUUAAAAAUCCAACAUCCUAAUGAAAGUAUGACCUCUGACCCCACCUCUGUCCAGGCUACGAGGACACAGGAAGUCUCGGUAUGUGGUACCAUGAAGAUGAAGAUGAUAUUGAAGACGAAGAGCAGCAGAUUCCAGCUCAUUUAACGACUCCGAGAAGUGGGCGGAGACGAGACGACCUGAAGGACCCGGAUUUUCAGAUUACGCCGAGGUGACCAUGACCAUGUCGGGUUUAUCACGUUAGCUUAUAGCAUCCUAGCUAGUUCAAUAAGACGUGUGUGACAGAGAAAAACAGCUGUUAAAGUUUGUUGUUUUGAAACCUGCUCACACUUUUUUGUCCUGUGGGUUAAUUUUUCCCAGAGUUCACUCUGGCAGGAGGAGGCCUGGCAGACCCCGACUCAUCGACUCCCAGAACCACGUAGACCUCAAGAUCCGCAUCCUGGAGAGCUCUCAGAUCGACAUUCUCUCCAACAACGGUCAGACCUCUCUCUGCUGAACGACAUUAACCCCGAUUCCCACUUUCAUCCUGAUCGUCUCCUAAAAGGUCGUAUCCUCCGAUCGUAGCUGAUCGUAACCAUUCAAGUUAACGUGUCAAUUUACACCGACUUCUUUCGUUAUCGCGCGAUUGAACGGGAAUCCGCAGGUUCUUGCGAUUCCUGCUUUCCGUAAUCCGCCACGAAAUUUGCUUUACAAAGGGAUCUUGUAGUAAUUGGCAUAUGGCGAAAAUCGCCGCUGGUCCGGAUGUGGUGGACAUCUGUCUUCGAUGAACACAGGUAUCGAUGAUACUCUUCUUUUAUCGGACACAGUAACCCCGCCGAAGACUCCUCCUCCUCCUCCUGGGGUCGGUGGCGGUGGGUUUGGCUGAGAAAUUAUGCAAAUUAGGCGAUGGCGUCAUCUAGUGACUGAUAGCGACUUUUACGAUGGCCACUAGCGAAAUUUUCUUACUAAGGAGUUGGCAACACUGGCGAGGCGGCCGACGGCGUCCAUUCUAGAUACCGUCGACGGUCCAGACUGGACACUAACCGGAUUUCUUCUUCAUGGAAAUAAAGACACCAGAUCAGACAACUCGUUAUCGCGUGAUUGGACGUGAAUCCGCGGGUUCUUGUGAGUUCUUGCGAUACCUGCUGUCCGUAAUCCGCCACGAAAUUCCCCUCACAAACGGAUCCGGUAGGAAUUUGCGGACGGCGAAAACUGCCAUUCCAGAUGCGGUGGAAAUCCGGGGUCAGGUUCUUAUUUCGAUCUUACCGACAAACCAAACCUCACGUUGGUUUUUGAUUCGUCUUCCAGUGUUCCCUAAAUAUCCGGUCCAGGACCUGCGGUGUCCUCGAGGUCUACAGGAGGCCGACUUCCUGGACCUGCUGAGGUCCACGUUCCCUCAGCUGGCGGGUCAGACGGAUGUAGAGUUUUUCACGUCCGACAGAUCGAAGCGGCUCCUUCCUCUGAGCGCGGAGAGUCUGACGCCUGAGGAGAUCUACAGGAGCAUCAGGCAGAGCGGGACGGGGAAAUCCACCCUCUACAUCCGCCUGAAGGUACCGAGCAACCGCAGCGUGUCUGAACAUCGACGGUUAUAAACGUUUUAAACCUGAAGUUAACCGUUGACACUCGCUCUUGUUCCAGACGGCAGGAGAUCUUCAAGACGUUGACUUCCUGCAGAGACCGGGGAUGUCCAUGUCCAUGUCAGCUGAUCGGACCUUCAGUGGGUGAGCAGAAACACCAGAUUCAAACGUCUCUGGAAUUUACGGGAAACACUUGGUCUGAUCUCGUGUUUCUGCGUUCAGGGCGCCGUCUGAAAAGAGGAAGCGCGGUCGCCCUCGCCUCGGAGAAGAACCCACCCACCACCGUCUCAGAGUCUGCCUGCUGGACGGCGCCUCACAGUCGGACGUCUUCUCCAAAAAAGGUGAACAUCUGACCCAGGAGUCGGACCGGACUUACCGGUCUACUCAAGGUUGUUAACUCGAGACUUUUCUGGUUCCAGACCUCCUGAACUCCCCGAUCCGGGACCUGAGGUGUCCCCGCGGACUGCAGGAGGCGGACUUCCUGGCGCUGUUGAGGUCGUCCUUCCCUCAGCUGUCCAAUCAGAAACCUUUCCACGUCUUCAAGUCGGACCGCAGCAGGAGGCUCCAGCGGAUCCGAGCGAAGGCGCUGACGCCGGAGGAGAUCUACAGGAGCAUGAGGAGCACCGGGGUGGAGAAGUCGCUCCUCUACAUCCGCCUUCAGGUCGGCGGUCCUGAUCCGAGACCUCGUCACUGUCCGAGGUUCCCUGAGAAUCAAAGUUAAAGUGUGUUUGUGUCCGCAGACCGAAGAGGAAGAGGCGGAGCUUCAGAGGAACGAGCCAACCGUCACGGCUUCCCCGUCUGCUGCUGCCGCCGUGGAGACGGAACCUGACGCAGCCGGACUCGGGUCCAGGUAAUCCAGGAGAGCGGUGAUGUGCCUUGGUCAAUCUGCCGAGGGUUAAGUUGGUGUUCGGGUUCAUGUCUCUGUUAAGUGAACGCCAAAUUCACGCCAGAUUUAAAACGCCUCUCUGUGGAGGAGUAACUCUACAUCUCUGCUCCACAGCUCCUCGCCAUUGCCACCGCCGCAGGAAGCAGAGGGAGCUGACGGCGAAGCUGCUGAGACACAGGUGGACUCCAGCGAGGACGACGAGGUCAAAGGCCAAGACGAAGACUGGAACCCCGAUAACAGAGAGUCCACGUCGACGCCACGGGUGUCUCCUGUCCGGGUGGUGGCGGGCAGGAGAAACCCGUGCAAGGUGUGCGGCGUUUGGUACAACGUCCAGAGCAGCCUCAUCAAACACGCCUGGACGCACGUGGACGAGGCGGCGAGCGUGUGCGGCUUGUGCGGGCAGCAGUUUGAGUCCGUGGACCAGCUGAAGGACCACCUGAGGACCUACCAGAAGACUUACAACUGCUCGUACUGCGGGAAGUCCUUCCUCACCGUCGCCGGACUCCAACGCCACACCACGCUGCACACGGGAGAGAGACCCUACAAAUGCGACGUCUGCUCCAAGACCUUCGCUCAAACGCACGCGCUGAGGCUCCACCGCUGGGUCCACGCCGCCGACAAACCGCACAAAUGCGACAUCUGUCAGAAGGCGUUCGGUCUGAAGGCGACGCUCCGCGCUCACCGGAUGACGCACACGAGGAAGGACGGCUACCAGUGCAACAUCUGCGGGAAGACUCUGCGUGACGUGCGGUCUCUGGCUCGCCAUAAGACGACGCACUCCGGAGAGAGGCGGUACGGCUGCGGGGUCUGCGGGAAGCGGUUCAAACUGGCGUACACGCUGAAGGCUCACGAGAAGACGCACACGCGCCGGGAACGACUCUUCCUCUGCCACAUCUGCUGCAAGAGCUUCUUCUCCAACUGCGGUCUGAUGGCGCACAUGAGGACGCACAACAACGUGCGCCCGUUCCCCUGCGUCGUCUGCGGGCGAGGGUUCGUGUCCAAAGGCGAGCUGAAGGUGCACCUUCGAGUCCACACCGGCGAGGCGCCGUACGGCUGCUCGCAGUGCGGACGCCACUUCAAACGGAAGACGCACCUCAACAACCACGUCAGGAGCCACCUGGGCCUGAAACUGUUCGUGUGCAGCGUCUGCGGGAAGGCGUGUUCCCGACAGGAACACCUGACGGUCCACAUGAGGACGCACAACGGCGAGAGACCGUACCAGUGCGGCGUCUGCGACAAAGCCUUCACUCAGGGUCACUGCCUGAAAACGCACAUGAAGAGUCACCACGGGCAGGACGACGCGCUCCUGAACGCGCCGUCCAACUGAGAGCAACCGAACCGAGACAACGGCGACUGAGGGCAGCGGCGGUUCUGAGUUUGAAAGUCGAGAAUCAAGACGGAAAGAAGAAGAGAAACAGUUCGAGAGUUUGGGUCAAAAACAAAAAAGUGAAAUUAAAAAAAACUUGAUUCGGCAAAAAGACGAUAAUUCGCCGCUCUGAGAUCGUUUUUGAUGGCUACGACAAAAAAUGAAAGUUCGAUUUGGUUUGACGGUCGAGGAGAGUUAAGACUUUUUCGGGAUUCAUAUCUGACAAAAGAGACGUGAUGGGGAACCAGACCUGGGACAGACCCGGACCGCUCUGUUCCGACAUCUGUCCAGAACUUUAAAAAGUCGAACUGAAAACGAACAUUUGGAAACAUCGAGAACAAAUCACAAACUAAUCAGUUUAAUUCUUUAUCUGUGAAAAAGUUUGAGUUUUGGCCGAAGAGAAGAGAGAGAGAGAGACCGAGGUUUGUUCGUAGAUUUUAGAUUUUGAGGAUGUAAAAACUUUUUAUUUUAAAGGGAUAUUCCGACGUCAAAUUAAGUUAGGGUCAAACACAGAGUCAGACCCCCCCCUCCAGAGAUGAAUGUUGUCGACCGCUUGCUUCUCUAGUUAUACCAACUUUAGUAACGACCGCAGGAUAGAAAUACAGAGAGGUCUGAGGAGCCAUAAACAAACCUCAACCAAAGGUGUUUUUAUUGAGCCGAAUUAUCAAUAAAAUCAUGAUUUUGUUAACAGGUAUGGAUUUAUGUGCUGUCGAGUUAAUAUAUUUGAACAAGAGCGCAGUAAAGUUAAAUCAGCUAAUUUUCCAAUGAGGUUCUGUUACUGAACAGAACUACAGCAUGUUCUACUGAGGUUAGUACAUAUAGGGUCACAGACAUAGUACUAGACACCAAACAUCUUUUUAACUUUGACUCAUUUCUUUAGCAAAGAGACUAAACACAACUCACCUACUCUCUUCCAGCAGACGCUUGUUUGUAGUUAGACCUCAGGCCAGUCCAUUACGGACUACAGCGGGGUGCCGCAGCUCAAGGAAGAACAUUUAUGAUCAUUUCUUCAUCAUUUCCUUGAAGUAAUAAUCACCAUAUUAAUCAUUUUACAGACGCGGUAGUUCUUCUGCCUUAGCGUCUCAGUCUGAUUGUAUUUCCAUGAAGAAAUGAUCAUAAAUGUUCUUCCUUAAGCUGCGGCACCCCGCUGCACUUAGGGAUCUACUGGUCAGGGCUCCCCUACAAAGAAGCAUCUGCUGGAAGAGAGUAGGUGAGUUGUGUUUAGUCUCUUUGCUAAAGAAAUUACAGUAGAACAUGGUGUAGUUCCGUUCAGUAACAGAACCUCAUUGGAAAAUUAGCUGAUUUAACUUUACUGUGCUCUUGUUCAAAUAUAUUAACUCAACAGCACAUAAAUCCAUACCUGUUAACAAAAUCAUGAUUUUAUUGAUAAUUCGGCUCAAUAAAAACACCUUUACCUGGUUAUCUGUAUUGCUAUCCUGCGGUCGUUACUGAAGUUGGUAUAACUAGAGAAGCAAGCGGUCGACAACAUUCAUCUCUGGAGGGGGGGUCUAACUCGGGGUUUGACCCUAACUUAAUUUUACGCUGGAAUAUCCCUUUAAAGCUGCUGUUAAUAAUCUCAUAUCCACAAGAUAAAGACUCGAGUUCACCCGAUCACUUCAGGGGAAUCAGGAGGGUCGGUACAUUUCAGUUACUUACGAACUUUUUAUUUACUCUGAUCCGUCGCAGUCGGCAAACGUCCCUGCGCCGACGAUGACAGAGCUGUUUGGUUUUCAUGUACAGAAAUGUGUUUUCACUUUUUACAGUUUGAUAAAAAAACUUUCUCUGUCUUGUCGACGCUGCAUUUAGGGCCAGAUGGAAUUUCCACGACUCUUAAAAAGAUUCCGUCAGUUUGAGCGUGACGUUACAAAGUUCGGUUCUGGUUUCCUGGUCCUGAAUGCAGCUCAUGGUUCUUCUUGACAUCCUUGUUCGCUGUAAUCCGAAGAAACCCGUUUGUUUGUCGUGUUUCCUUGUGAACGACUAGAAUAAAAGUCACUCUGGGGAAAAAAAAAA